GUGAACUACGGAAACAUUUCAUUUUAAUUGCAUAAAAUCGACAUAUUGAUUGAUAUGUUCUGAUGUUUAUAGCCCCAAAAACUUUUAAUACGGUUGAACCUAAAAAUACCCGGAAAUUACAAAUAAUUGAUUGAGCCCUGGUGUAAACGUUCAAACAUUGGUCAGAAACUGUGAUCACCUAUCUAUAAUGUUUGUUACGGUUAAUUGAACGUGUUGUAAUAGAUCAACUAACGACUUGUGGAUAGCUCUAUCAUAGAGAUCUCGACAGAGGAACGGAACGUGCCGGAGAUAUCACUCGUAAAAACUUUAUUGUGUUGACACAACAGUCCGAUUAUACGAAUCUAAAUACAUUUUAAGAUAAUAUUUACUUUCUUUGACCUGCUGAUUUUACAAGUGUUAUAUGUCAUAUUUGUAUUGGGAGUAUCUAGCUACUACUAACAUACUGACUGGGAAAAUGAUUUAACUUCCAGUUAUAUUUGGACUAUUAUUCUAAAGCUUAGUGAUGUCACACAACAUUGUGGCUCAUCUCACUCCAACAAACUUACUCCCGAGAAUUCGUGCGGAACAGGAAAAUGUCUUAGAAGGGAACUUUCAAAGGAAUAGAAAUCCUAAUGAUUUGGAUCUAACCAUAAUAUCAGCAGAGGCUAAUCUUUCUGAAGAUGCUGUAAAGAAAUGGUAUCAACACAGAUUAGCAUGUUGGAGACAGCAACAAGGACUUCCUGCAAAUAGUGGUUCUGUCAAGGACUAAUGUCAAGGUCAACCAAAGGUCACAUUGACCUAUUUAUUUACUCAGGAAAGAUUGGAUUGUUCUUGAUACGUGUAGUGUUUAACUCCAAAUUUGUUGUUGUGUUGUGAAGUUAAUUUCUGUCAUUGAGAUUGAAAUAUUUUACUGUUAUAAUGAAACUAAUGAUAGUAUAUUGAUAUACAUUACAACCCAGAAAUAUGAGCAAUGAAUCAAAUCUAUUGUGAUUUUUAUAAACGGAUAAAGU